CCGAGUCUCCAAGAUGUCUGCCUCCGUGUGGGAGUAACGCUGUUCAAAGUUACCGUAAAUCUGCCGGUUCUGGAGCCGCUCGGCGUCAUUUAACGGAGCGUUCAGGAGCGAGAGCCCCGGGACAUGUUCCAGGUGAGCCGCGGGACCGGCUUCCGGGCCGCCCGGCUGCUGGCGGGCCGGAGCCCGGUCCUGCUGGACUCUGUCCGGGGACGGAAGUCCCGGACCGACCCGGUGGCCAAGUCCAAGGAGGGCCGCGUGAAGGUGCCUCCCCCGGUGGACCCGGUGGAGAUGGUGGUCCUGAAGGAGCGGUUCUCCGAGUACCAGAUGAUCCUGAGGGCGCUGCGGAUGCAGUUUAAGGAGGAGGUUCUGCGGAGGAAGUACGAGGAGGAGACGGGCUCCCAGGCGGAGGAGCGAGCCCGGCAGGAGGCGGAGGAGCACCGGGCGCUGAUGGCCUGGAACCGGGAGGAGAACCGGCGGCAGCUCAGCAGCAGGAUCCUGCGGCUGCAGCGGGGGGAGGAGGAGGAACAGCAGCGGAGGGAGGAGGCGGCUCUGCAGCAACAGCAGCAGCAGCAGGACUUCAUCCUGGAGAAGGAGAGGGAGAUCCUGAGGCUGCAGGAGGAGGCCAAGACCUUCAUCACCCUGGAGAACCUGGACCAGCGGAUCCAGCAGGCUCUGGACCAGCCCAAGAACUACAACUACGCCAUCGAUAGAGAGGGCCGGGUGGCCAAGCAGACGGUGCUGCAGUGAGGGCGGGGCCCCGUGACCCCGUGACCCCAGGACCCUGGCCCGGGGACCAGGUCCAGCCAGGACUCCUCCCACCAGGUCCAGCUGGUCCAGCUGGACCAGGAUCACUGUCACAAUGUGAACCGUCAACAGUCUGACAAGAUGCUUUGGUUUUGUGUGUGUGUGUGUGUGUGUGUGUGUGUGUGUGUGUGUGUGUGUGUGUGUGUGUGUGUGUGUGUGUGUGUGUGUGUGUGUGUGUGUGUGUGUGUGUGUUCUGUGCCGGUCCGUUCUUGAGAGCCAUAAGGACUCAGUGUUUGUAAACAGGUUUAUUUGUAAAUUAAAAACGAACCAAUAAAGACGUCGACUUUCAGAAACGUUCCUUCAGCUCCAGAACACAUUCUACAGCGCCGUGACCUUUGACCCUGUCACGUAGGGCCAG